UCGGUUCGCGGUGUUGUUACAUAUCUAUACAUGGCUUUACAGUAAAGGAGGCUGUGGCUGUGACCAAAGGAUUCGUCACCACCGAAACUGAAUCGAGUUCGUUACCCACCUCUAUAGCGGUGACAUGCCUGCCAAUUAAUGUGUCAAACACAAAUUACGGAAAUAAAUUAUUAUAUAAGUAUUCUCUAAUAAGUCGUGCAUGAACCCGACAUAGGUUAUCUUGAUCAUCAGAAUGUGAUAGAACAACAUGAGAAGAGGAUGCAAACUUGAAGAAAAGCCAUUUAUGUUUUGGAUUUAUUACAUGAUUAGAAUUAUAAGUAAAAAUAUAAACUAGCCCCUAAAGAGUGAAAAAUGAGGUGGGCAGCCAUAUUUUUAGUACUUACAUCAACAGAAGUCUUCUCAAAGCAAUGGAUUGAUCCCCAUGACAUGAACACCAACGCUAAAGAAAAACUGAGGGAAACAUUAGGUGAAAAACAAGUAGCUCACAUUACUGUUGAUCAGUGUAACUGCUCAGAACAAAAAUUACCUGAUGACACCUCAUUAUUAUAUUUGAAACGAAUGAUUGCCUUAAUGGUGAACUCUGCUACAUUAGAUGAAGAUUCAGGCGUAAACAAGGGGAAGUUCAACAUACAUGGAAGUGACUAUCAGUUUCUUAAGAAGUUUUCUGAGAGGAAGUAUGCCACCCAAGAUGAUCUACAAAAACUAGAUGGCAUUUUGAGCAGUAUGUUCACAAAAAGUACUUCAGAUGAAGCAUUUGAGUCUUUACUUUCUGCAAAAGAAAAGUUUUUACAUCUUGUGCUGAGUCAUGAUACUUUAGUACUUGUAGGAGUACUUGUAUGUUUAUAUGUGGCUGUAAAUAUGUUGAGGUCUCAAUAUACAGUUGGAGAAGUGAUCUGCUAUUUUUGCUUAAUGAUUUUAAUCAUAGACUAUGGCUUCAGAUAUAAAACACUGAGAGAGGAGGCUGAAGAACAUAAUAUGAGUAUAAAAUAUACAAGUAAAUGUGAUACAAGUCAGAUGAGUUGGAAACAGUGGUUACUUGGGGGUAACAAAAACUGUGAGAAGAAAGUAAUAUCGCCCUUAGAGGUGCUCUUAUUACAAGUGAAGCAUGUUAUAGUCAUACCAGGAACAGCAUGUGGAACAGCAUUUGGGGGAUUUGCUAAUGAAAUGUGGACUCAACUGCCAUUUCCUUGGAAUAUGUUGAUAUUCCCAGCACUACUCCUUUUUGUCAUAUUACUAAUAGCAGUGAUACUGACAGUGACAAAUAAUCAGUCAUUCUGCAUCAAACUUAUGCAUCUGUUCCACAUAGAGUUUGGUGACAGAGAUAAGGGGGAUAGUCGACUAGCUGGAAGGGAACUCAAUGCAUUUCUGGAGGGCAUGAAAUCCAAAGCUGCUUUGGAGGAUUCUAGGCAAAGACAGAGGCCAGCGCUAGAGAACCGGCCUAACCAUAGGGGCGAGAAAAAUCAGAAAAAGCCAUGGCCGAAAAAAAUUGAUGGAAAAGUAGAAGAAAAAUAUAAACAGAAAAGCAAAGAAAACGCUGUUGAUCAAGCGAAAGCGAGAGAAAGAGACCAAGGAAAUAAAUCACCAAAUAAGAAGAAUAAAAAUAAAGACGGAUUUUAUAAACAAUAUUUGAAAGGAGAUGGAGAUGUCAAUAAGGAAAAUAUUGCGAAUUCUAAUGAUAAUUCAUUUUAAAUGUGAUAGAAAGUUUCUUAUUAGGCCACAAGUCAUACAGAAGAACCUUUUUAAGUUCUUUUUGCCACAAACAAUGUUUUAAUAUUUUUUGAUAUUGUUGUUUUUUACUUAUUCAAUAAAACAUGGAAUUCA